AUCUAGAAGCACUCUAUCCGCCAGCAUGGCUCGUAAGCGUAAGGGGCAGGCCCUUAACGACUGCCCCAAGGAUCUUGACGACAUUCCUUACAUCCGCUGGAUGAACCAGCAGAUCGCCAACGGGCGCCAUCCGAAGGGAUUAUCCGCGCCGCCCGUGCUUGACGGCCAGGGAUCCAGUGCACAGUCGCCCAGUGCGGCCCCGUCACGUGUGCGUCGUCAGCCUGCAAGGACGGCUGCAACACACCGGCUUGUCGUGGAGCAAGAUGCGUACGAUGACGAUGAUGACGACCCCGAACAAGGCCUCGACACCGACGACGACGAGGAGGAACCGGAAGACGCUGGGAUGUCGCCCAGCGACGGCGACGAUGAAGAUGAGGACGCCGAGGACGACGCGGAGGAGGAAGCGCAACCUGUGUCUGUGACUACGAAACGGAGCGCCGCACGCGCAUCUGGGACGAACAAAGGCAAAGGCAAGGCGGCGCCACCCCGGCCACGCCAGGAGCCACGGAAGAAGCGGUCGGCUGCACCAGUCGAGAGGGGCUUAUGGUCGGACAAGGAGAGCACCUUAUUCGCCGCGGCGAAGUGGUUCAUGAAAGAGGAGCUCGAGCCUCUCAAGGGGAAGCAGGGGACGCAAUACUGGGUCCGACUACUCGCGCACAUCAAGGAGUCGAACCCUGGAUGGUGCAGGGGUGUCAACGCGUUGCAGAAGCAGUGGCGUAACUUGACGCUCCUCUGGCGGGAGUACAAGCGUGGCGACGGGGGGUCAGGCCACGGCUCGGUUGAGAAACCACCGUGGUAUCCGUACCUGGAGCUGCACAACCAGGACACCGCCGCAGCCGCACCGCAUGCGGUGGACGGCGGCGGUGCCACGGACGUCAACGUGCCGGCCGGCAUGGAGGUUCCAAGUUCGUCUCAGCCAGGCACGUCAACACCAACCUUUACGGCUCCGCCGCCGCCGACCACCGCAACACCUAGGCGCGCACGGGUGCAUGAGACGGCUACCAUGCAAGCAGCCAAGCUGGUCUCCGCGACCAUCAAGGAUUGUCACGGUGACGCGAUGACGCGCAUUGAGAGCCUCGUCCGUGAAUGGAUGGCGCAGGACAUGCGACUUGCCCGCGAGCGCAUGACUGAAUCGGCGCCCCCGGACGUGCACCGUGCGCCGCCGGAUUUCAGCCCUCCUCCGCCACGCGGGGAGUCCGCACCACCUCCCGAAGCCGCACAGCAUGGCGACGAUGUUGGCGACGUCAACACCGUCACUCCGGGUGCUGAGGAUGUGGAGAUAUGGUGCAGACUCUUUGAAAACCCGCAUGUCGUGCGCGCUGCCGGGAUAGCCGAUGAGGUAAUCCCAUAUCCUGCCUCGUGCAUCACACGUGAUUUGGAGCUGAACGGCGUAGGCCGACUUCCUUGUCCAGUACUCCGCCCUGUGCCCUUCCAUCCCUUUCAUGUGGAUGUGAGUCCCGUCCACAGCCCCCACCACUGCAGGUACACCUUUGAUGGCAGCGAAUUCACGCGCCAUCUCGGGAAGUUCAUCGCGUGUGGGAAAGCGCACCCAGGCGGCCUUGAAGACAGAGGGGAACUCGGUGAGGAACACGUCAACAAGCUCGUGGCAGAGUGUCUUGGAGACACCGAACAGAGUGAGCAGCAGCAGGAGGAUGAGGGUGAGAGCGACGACGUAGUUGAGGUCGAUCUUGAGACCAAGGUUAAAGAUCUAUCGGCGGAGCAGGCUGUCCAAGCUGCCCAGAUCAAUAGCCUUUCGGAAGACAUGGAUAAUCUGAAAGACUCAGUUUUCAAGGGUGGGGAGGGAAUCGUCAAACUGAUGGUGACUGUGUCAUCACUGUUUACCGCCUUUCAGCAGCUGGCUGCACAUGCAGGGUUCAAGCUACCGAUGGCUGCCCUGGAGGGUUUGAACAGGCCUGAAGCCGGCGACUCCACCGCUGUAGUAGUAGCUCCUGGUACAACAAGAGGUGCUCUUCACACCUCUGCUGGUGGUCCAUCACUUGCGCGUAGACCACUUUUCGGCCAGAUUCCAGGGUUUGUGCAAGCCCAGGGAGCCACAUCCGGUGCACAAAGGUCUAGGGCGGGUGACACAGGUCCCGCAGCCGGCGCUUCAUCCUCCGCAGCUGAUCAGGUGGGUGCUGCAGCAUGUGUUACUACAGCAGUAGCGGGUCAGCCAGGUGCCUCGGUCCGUGCUCCUCCUGCUGGAGCGGGUCAGCCAGGUGCCUAUGCCGGUGCUCCACCAGCUGGAGCGGUUCAGCCAGGCUCCUCUGCCGGUGCUCUUCCAGCUGGAGCGGGUCUGCCAGGUGCAGCAGACGGUGUUUCACCAGCAGCAGCGGGUCAGCCAGGUGCAGCGGCCGUUAUUCCAAUAGCAGCAGCGGGUCACCCAGGUGCAGAAGCCGGUGUUUCAACAGCAGCAGCGGGUCAACCAUUUGCAGCAGUCGUUAUUCCAACAGCAGCAACGGGUCAGCCAAAGGCAGCAGCCGGUGUACCUACAGCAGCAUCGGGUCAGCCAGGUUCUGCAUGCGUUGCACUUACAGCAGCGGCAGCGCAGCCAUGUGCGACCGCGGGUGCUCCAAAGGCGGCAGCGGGUCAGCACGGACCCGCCACGGGGGUUGCUAUUAACGCAGGCGUGGUACGGCCUGGAGACGACUGCUGGGAUAUAUUGGGACCGGGGUCGGAUCUCAUCAACUUUCCGCCAUGUGCGCAGGUCCAGGAUGCAACCGGGUCGCAAGCAGCGGAUGACGCUCCGACGACAGCUGUGCUUCACACAAGUUCAGCGGCAUGGACAUCAGGAGAACAGCUGUUUGUGCCCUUGGGUUUUCCACCCGGGAUGCAUCUCCAGGGGUUUCGUGCACCAGGAGCGGGGGUGUUUGCUCCACAGGCAGGUGGUGUUCAGCCGGGAGCAUCUGCACAUGUCGCGCCAGUAGGGCCUAGUGGCCAUGCUCUGUAUCAUCCCAACUUGCUCUUCCACGGAUCAGGACAUCCAACCGCGUCCGUGCAUCUGCCUUUGUCGUCGCACGGCCCCGGUGUGCAGGAUCCAUCUGCUUUCCUCGUUGCUGCUGAGGCGCUCGACAAUGGCAGCAUCCUACCUGGCCACUCCUCCUCCGCACCUCGUCGGACUCUAUUGAACAUGCUCUCCAGCUUCACGCAGCCCUCGCAACAGGUUCUGCCCUCCCCAGCCGCCUCCUCAUCCUUCAUGCCAUCGACCCAAGUUGGGGAGGAGGAGGAGGCCGCCAGCAAGGGGUUCACGGGAGUCACAAAGAAGAAGGGUAAGAACGAGUGGGUGGCUAGGAUUGUCCUCGACCGCUCUUCCAAUUCUCUGAUUGUCAUCAGCAGUCACUUUCAAUCUGAGGUCGCCGCGGCUAGGUCAAUAGCCGCAGCGUCUCAUGUGAUGUUCGUCGACAAUCCCAUGAGAGGCGAUCUCAUACUCUUGACGGACGGCGACAGGGCAAAGUUACAGGGGUGUACGGCUCAACAGUGUGAUUUGAUGGUCCGUCAGAAGUUCUGGCACAAGCGGGAGCAGUGGGCGGAGUAUUGGCCUGCUGCUAAGGCUAAGUAUGACGAGAAAGAGCGCAAGGCUGCGAUGAAGCGAUCGGCACUAGAUAGGAGCUUGGGUCAGCCUGACGGUCGGCCCGACAAAAUGGCCAGAACGGUGGGUGAAGGCCUGUCACGAGGGGUGACAGGAGAUAACAAUGAGUGUGUGGGAUCUAAGGAUGAAUAG